CAGUGACAGUGUCAAAACUGAAAACUCCAGUGUGUUGUCUGUUUUUGUGAGUUUUGUGAACGUCAUAAUAAAUGUCAAAUAUUCAUGUAAAUAAAUCUUAAAAUUUUCCAGAUAUUUGAUUGAACUUAUGGAUUGGAAAUGGAGCCGCAAUUGGCUUCCUCGCUGAAUGGGAGACAAAAGAAGACCAACGAAGUUGAUUGGUCCAAGUAUGGACUUCGUACUGAGCAACAGGACUCGUCAGCUUUAUCGUGGAAGAACUCACCUGAUGAAGGCGGCUAUGGAGCCGGCGGUCACCAGCCAGCUGACGUUAGCGAACUGUUCGCUGGCGAACAGAACAACGAGCCGUGGUGGAAGUCGCAGUUCUUCAUUUCGCAGCCGGUCCUGUUCGGGGUGUGGGAUGGAGUGUUCACCUCGUGCCUCAUCAACGUGUUUGGAGUCAUCGUGUUCCUGCGCUCCGGCUGGAUUGUAGCCGAGGCGGGAGUCGCCAAUGCCGUGCUCAUGGUGCUCGCCACUGUGGGAAUAGCGUUGAUUUCUGUGCUGUCGGCUGUGGGCAUCUGUGAGAGAUGUCGUAUGGAGAGCGGAGGCGUCUACUUUCUAUUGGCUCAUGUGCUGGGCUCCAGAAUAGCGGCCGCUGUAGGACUGCUCUAUGUGUUCGGACAGGCAGUUGGUUGCGCGCUGUUCGUGCUGGGAUUCGGUGAGUCGGUGGCGGGGCUGGUCGGGUUGGGCCACAGCGUGUGGGCACAGCGUGGCGUGGGCAGUGCGGCCAUCUUGCUGCUGGGCGUCAUCAACGUGGCCGGCGUCAAGUGGGUCGUCAAGCUGCAGUUCCUCCUUCUGCUUGUACUGCUGCUAGCCGGCCUCGACUUUGCCGUCGGCUCCUUCAUCAAGACUGACAUCAAGAACGGUUUCGACGGGUGGCUGACGGGUAAGCUGAGUGAGAACGCUCUGCCCGCUUACUCGGCCGGCAACAACUGGUUCACGGUGUUCGGCGUCUUCUUCCCCACCAUCACUGGCAUCAUGGCCGGCAUCAACAUGAGUGGCGACUUGAGGCAGCCCACCACCGACAUACCCAAUGGCACUCUCUUGGCUGUAGCUACCACUACAGGCCUGUACCUGAUGUUUGUGCUAGUGCUGGGCUCGACUUGCACAAGGGUAGCUCUGCGAACUGACUACAUGAUUGCAGCCAAAGUGUCUGCUUUACAUGUAAUGCUGUUGGCCGGACUGUACGUGUCGUCAAUGUCGAGUUGCCUGGGUGCGAUGUACGGCACGCCACGAGUGCUGCAGUCCAUAGCCAACGAAAAUGUCAUCCCUAUCAUACUACUUACUUUUUCACUGCCAAUACCAUAUUAUCGCGGGCCGAACCGUGUGCCGGUGUACUCGAUGGGAGUGGUGGCGCUGGUGACAAUGGGCUUCCUGCUGGUGGGAGACAUCAACUCGUUGGCUCCCAUCGUCACCAUGCCCUUCCUCAUGAUGUAUGCCGCACUCGACUAUGCCUACUUCGCCCUCGCGCAGACAUUCGAUCUGCUGCAUCAUCGCGAACAGCGCUUCAGAUCGACUCAAAGCGGGAGAAGCUAUGGCUCUUCACCCUCGUUGCAGCACUCUGACAUUAGUAAUGACUUAGACUCUCUAUUUCCCGAACGAAGUCAUCAUAGAACUUAUACAUCGAUAACUAGCGAAAGCAGUCCAACGAUAGAGCAGCAGCCUCAGCCACAACAGCAGAAUGGUGCUUCAAGCAGAAUGGUGCACAGCAAACGAGGCUACUGGUAUUCCAGCUGGUGCAAUCGGUGGCUCUCCCUCUUAGGGGCGCUACUGAAGAUCGGCAUGAUGUUCCUGGUGCACUGGAGCUACGCACUGGCCAACUGCGGUGUGGUGCUCGUCAUCUGGAUCUACAUCGGCCUGGCCAAUCCGGCCGUCAAGCCGGGGGUCGCCAUCCAUUUCCGCCUCCUUCGAUGGCUGCAUGCCGUUCUCCUACGCUUGUGCGGCAAACGAACAGUGGAGUUCGAGGAGAUAGUGGUGCCACCUGACACGCCGGGCGUCCACCUGUCUCCGUCGCAGCUGACUGAUGAGAACGAGGACUUUGCCAACAGACAGCGCUUCCAUCAGUCGGCCACCAUCCGACCGAUCCCCGACAGCGAGCAUGCCGCACGCUACGGUGACGUGCAAAUACUCAGAUAACUCCACAACUCCCAUUUAUCAAAAGUCUCACUAAAGUACAUGGACUUUGUCAGUAAUUGUGAAAUUGACUAAUCAUAGACUACUCAGAUAUAACUAAACAACAAAAUUGAUGGAUUAUGUUUGAAGAAAAUGAUAAAAUAAUUCGUUAAUAAAAUACUCCCAUUCAUCGUUCCGCGAAUUCCUCAUAAAAAAUAUCUCAAAAAUACAUGGAAUCAGUAAUUGUGAAGUUGACUAAUCAUGGCCGAAGAUACCCAGUUUACUCAGAUAUAAUUUAUAAAGAACAAAAUUUAUAAACUAUUUUUGAAGAAAAUUAUUAAAUAGCUCAAAAAUACAAUUUUAAAAUUAAUCGUUACACAAAUUCCUCAUCAAAAAUCUCUCAAAUUAAUAUACAUGGACUCUCAGUAAUUUUGGAGUUGAAUAUCCAUGGUCGCAGAUACUCAUUUACUCAGACAUAAUUAAAGAACAAAAUGAAUGGAUUAUUUUAGAGAAAAUUAUGAAAUAAUUCGAUAGCCUAAUACAAUACUUUGUUGAGUGGAGACAAACUACUCAUAACUCAAAAAUGUGAUAUUCGGAGGAUUUGAAAACGCAAUACCCAGAUAAGUAGAGAACAAAUAAAUUGAUUUUUCUAGAAGAAAAUUAAGGAAUAAAUCGAGAAUAUAAUACUUGGAUUACUCGAGAACAAAGUACUCAUGUGAAUAUGAUACUCAUGUGACUUGAAGACGCAUUAUUCGUAUAACUAGAGAACAAACAUUGAUAAAAGAAUACAACAGAAUACCUAGAUGAUCUGGGAGCAAAAUAAACGGAUAUCUUUAGAACAAAAUGUGGGAUAACUCAAAAAACGUAGGCUACUCGUAACUCCUCCAAAACAUGAAACUUGGAAAAUUAAUAAUAACCCAAGAACAGAAUACCCUUGUAACUAGAAAACAAAACCAAUUAUUCUAGAAGAACAUGUUGGAAAAUAUAAAGAAAAUACAACUUCUAUACAUGACAAAAAUAUAGUUGAGAUUGUGUUGGUUUGAAAAUGUAAUAAGACAAAUGAGUAAGGAAUAUAUUUGUUUAGUCUGUAGUAAUACUUUGAUAACUUUGAAAGAAACUAAAAAUAGCUAAUAAGAAUUUUACAAAUCCUCUAAAAAGCUUACAGUUGGUCAGAAGACUCUCGUAUUUACUAACAAUAACACAGUACUGGGAUAGCUUGAGAAUGUAACGCUUUGACAACCGAUGAUAAAUAGUGAACGAAAUACUCAUAACUCCAAAACAUUAUUCUAGAAUUAUUUGAAAAGUUAUCACUAAUAUAAUUGAAUGUAAUCUUGUAACUCGUAAUACUCAGAAAGAAGCCAUCAUCUAUCCGCAUUCUUGAUCAUAUUUGUUGAAAUUCAACUAGGAUUGGAAUUUAAACUAUAAUUUUAUAAACUAUCUUACUAUUUUUUGAAAAAUCCAUGAAUUACAGUAGUGUCGUACUCACGUCCCUGAAAAAAAAUUGAAGAACUUCCGUGUAUUGGCUUAUUGUGAACUUACAAUAAGAAUUUGUCUGAUAAUGUCACAAACCUGAAUCAUUAUUUUAUUACAUGUUCUCAUAAUUGUUAACUACCUCUAACGUUUCACCAGAUUCAAUCUAAUUUCUUACAAUUUUAAUACUUUAAGUAGACUUCUAAUGUUAAAAACAAACUUUUUGUUCCUAUAAAUAUCAUUACAUAAUACAGUAGAUUGAUCGUACUGACUGGUGUUUCAAAACUACUUGAAUUUCAGUAGAUAAAAUAAAAGAUAAUAAUACGGACUACGAAGGAUGUAUAUUUUUAAGAAUAUUUAUUAUUAAUUUAUAGAAUUUUUACUGUUUAACAAAAAUUUUAAUAUUGUGAAUGUAAAUUAUAUUUAUUUAUUUUUGACUAUUGAUCAAAUAGCUUUAAGGCCAUUUAUGUGUAAUCAAGAGUGAUAUUUAUUGAUAAUAAUCUACUUAUUAAUAAUACGUAUGGUGAUAUUAUAAUAUUCCUCUACUCGUAUAUUAUAGAACAUUUGAAAUAAGAAAGUGAUUUAUUGUAACAAAAA